UGCGUGUUUUACAACAAAUACAAUGGAUUCCGACAGUAUACCGUUUUACAUUGGGGCGCAAAGCACGGCAACGCAGACAUCAUAAAACUCUUCGCCGGAACAUAUAGUGCCGAUGUCAACGCCAAGACGAACGGGGGCUAUACGCCGUUGCAUUUGGCGGCGCAUUUUGGCCGCACGGACGUCUACAAACUUCUCAUUGAAGUUUACAAAGCAGAUGAUAGUAUUCGUGAUUACCGCGGCAAGAGGGCAGUUCAAUUGAGAGAAGCCAAUAAUCAAGUGCGGAAUAAAAUUACCGCAAAAACCAAAUCUCGCAAGAAUAAAUACGGAGAUAAAUUUUUGCGUGUGGGUUCCCUCAAUGUGCGCGUGAAGAAAACCACCGAAGCUUUUAGUUCCUUUCUAGGUGUCGGCGGCGGAGGCGGUUCACUGAGCACGAUUGAGCCAAUCUCGGAGAAAGUACACAAAGGAUGGGGUUCCGCCGAUAAUGUGGCGCAGGAAAGCGUAAUGCCGGCCCCCAAAGGCUACAUCACGAAACUGAAACCCAGGCGACCUGCGGAUGCAGUGCGCACUCAUAGCAAUCCUGAAACACCCAAUCAGCCCCCGAAAUUUAUUCAGAGACACCCCAUGCAGGAUUCUGAUUCGGAUUCGGCAGCUGGGUUUGAUUCCUCGUGGCAGAAUUAAUUCAAACUAGGCAAUUAAUUAUGUCCUCUAAUUUAUUUUGUGUUUGUCUAUAUUGCAUUUUGUGUACGUUGCGCUUGUUUUAAAAGGUAUGUUGAUAUUUUUCCUUCGCUGUUAAAUUUUAAUAAUAUCCUCAUUCAAAUAUUACAUUGUUCGAAUUAUUUAAGCCAGCUAUUUCGAAAUAUAUACUAUUAUUAAAA